AUGGGUAGUGACGUGUACGGUGAUGACGUGGCUGCUGCUGACGUGACAGAGACUAAUGAUGCGUCAGCAGAAAAUGGUGAUGACGAGGAUGAUGAUGCGCUGUUCUAUGAUGCGGAUGCUGACGUGGAUGACAGUGAUCAGGAUGGUAAUGAUUGUGCUGGCUGUGGUGAUGGUGCUGAUGGUGCUGGCGGUGGUGAUGGUGCUGGCUGUGGUGAUGGUGCUGGCGGUGGUGAUGGUGGUGAUGCUGAUGUCAGCAAUUACGAUGGUGAAAUUGACGGUCUUGUUGGGAGUGGCAGUGCUGCUGACGGUGGGGAUUGCAGCAGUGAAGGAUCCAACGGCUUGCAAUCAGGACAAAACAGCAUGCACCAUUCUGCUGCUGCUGCUGCUGCUGCUGCUGCUGCUCCUGCUGCCGCUGCUGUCCGUGCUGCCGCUGCUGCCGGUGCUGCUGGUGGCACCAGCAGCACCGUACACUGGCCGUGCCUGGCAGCUGCUGGGAGCCUUCCUUCCAUCAAACUUGGGGAAGUUCGAAAAUUUACCAGAGAGGGGGGCGUGUGCGCGAGCGCGAGAGUGCCCGCCUGCUGUGGUUCCGUGGCCGUUUCUGCAUGGGGAGGAGGAUGUGAUGGGGGUGCAUGGGACACAGCAUGGCAUGGUUCACGACAGGGGACAUGCAGCAGAAUGCAGCACCGUUUGCCAUGA